AUGGCACAGGAUUGUGUACAAACGUGUGUAAAGCACAAUGCAAUCAUUGAUGUGUUUUGUGAGGAUUGUGAUCUAUGUCUUUGUUCUGACUGUACAAGGUGUGACCACGGAUCUCAUAAUUGGGUCACACUAGUUCGAGCUUCAACAGAAAAGAGAAAAGAACUCUCUCAAAUUCUUAAUUAUGUCAAAAAUGAAAAACUGCCUGACAUCGAUAAGCACAUUGAGAAAACAUCGAAACGGAUUGAGGAAAUUGAAAACCAAUGUGAGUCGGAAAUAAACAAUCUAAGGAUGCAUAAUAAUGAGAUCAUAACUAAAUUAUCAGAAAUUAUGAUCUAUCGGGAGAAAAAAAUAAGAGAAAACCAAAAGAAAAAGAAUGAAGAGAUUGAGAUUUUGAAAUCAAAUUUACUAGAGAAACGAAAAAUCCUUGCUGAGAAAGUUGAGUUCCUAGAAGAAUAUAGCACUACGUCGGAGCUUAGUUUGGUAAAUCACCACAGAGAGCUAAGAAAAAUGCUAUCAGAAACGGACAUUGAUGAAAGAAACAUACACCUUUCAGUGAGAUACAGAAAGGGGAAAAUCAUAAAUGAGGAACUGGAACAAAUGAUUGGACAAACUAUAAAUUUAGAUGAUAUAGGUGCAGAAAAAUCUUGUGAAUUUCAACAUGGAUGUAAUGGAAUCUCAAUUCUAGAGGCUCUGAACACAGACGAAUGCUUCUUAAAAAAUAUCAAAUCCAGUUACGUUGAACAAGUUGACAAAAAUGGCGAAGAAAAACAGAAAUUUAACAUAGAUCCCGAUGAUGUAUGUGUCGCGGACGACGGUCGUGCAUAUAUCACUGAUGCCAGCAGUAACUGCAUAAGCUGUAUCUCCUCCUCAGGAUCUCGUUCGACAGUCUUCAGUGCGCAUCCUCUGGUACCAGUAGGAAUUUGUAAAUCUCGUGAUGGACGUAGUGGACUUUUGAUUACCUUGAGAGAAGAGUUUGAUAACAGUGAAUCUGAUAAGUUUCUUUUAAAUUCACAGAGUAGACGUUUGCUUAGGCAUAUGUCGAUAAUGGGGGAUCUCAACCAUGAAAUAGAAUUUGAGAAGGACAGCGAGUACAGGCUAUUUACAUACCCAUGGAGAGUCACGCAAAACAGGUACGCUGAAAUUUGCGUUGUAAACCAGAAGAGUUCCACCUCAGGUGAACUAGUGAUUUUGUCUCGGAACGGUAGGAAGAAGUCAGUCUAUGGAGGGAAGGUGGAAGAUUUUACACCGUAUGAUGUCGUAUAUGACUCCUGUUGUAACAUCCUUGUUACUGACGGAAGUAACCAUUGCGUUCAUGUGCUGAGUCGUGAAGGAGAAUUCUUGAGGUACUUACUGACAGAGAAAGAUGUGAAUGAUCCAAUGUCUUUAUCUCUAUAUAAGUCUACUCUUUGGCUUGGAGAAAGUAAUGGACUUGUUAAACUAUUUAAUUAUAAGAGUGUGUCUUGGUCAUACGAACUGUAUAGUACUUGA